GAUUAUUUGAUAAACUUAAAGAACAAGAUCCAAAAAUUCUUUGGAUUGGAUGUGCCGAUUCUCGUGUUUCACCUGAACUCAUCACUCAGUCAGGAUUUGGAAAAUUAUUUGUGCAUCGUAAUAUAGCAAAUCAAUUCAAAUCCGAUGACACCAAUUGCAUGUCAGUGUUAGAAUAUUCUGUCAAAGUUUUGGAAGUUUGUCACAUUGUUGUUUGUGGCCAUAGAGGUUGUGCUGGAGUAAGAAAUUGUUAUAAUAAAGAUCUUGAACCUAAUCUAAUAAAAUGGUUGAAAGGAAUCCAUGAAUUGGGAUCAGUAAAUCCCGAAUUCUCUCAAUCUAAUCCGCAUUUUGGAACUGAUGAGGUUCAAUAUAAAUUGGUCAAAGCUAAUGUCGUGAGACAAGUGGAACAAAUUAAUGAAAACCAUCUUGUUAAAUUUGCUAAACAUAAAAUACAAGUUCAUGGAUUGGUUUUUGAUAUAAAAAAUGGCUUAUUAGAAGAUUUGACUAAAU